CCAACGCAGAGUUCAUAACCGCCCUUUUACCACCUCCGCUUUCACAACAUAAUACAAACCACCUAACUACAACAAUAACCACGCUAUAAAUUAUUGCACCAAACAAGAAGAUGGCGAAAGGAAAGAAGGGAAAGAAGGCCCACGAUGAUUCGUGGGAAGACGACAUAGAUACCCAGGCCCCUGUCGACCCUAUAGCAGCCGCCGCUGCCACGGAUAGCAAACCCGGAACGGCUCAGCAUGAUGACAUUGGAGGCGGUGGCUUAAUGGCCGCGAUCAAGAAGAACCGGGACAACAAGAAAAAGAAAGGCAAAGCUGUCAAGCCCCUUAACGACGAGGUUACAGAAGACGGCGAUGAUGCUGCUACACCUCCGGUCGACGCCAAGGCUCCUACUGAGGUUAUAGAAAUUGGAGAGGAUGACUUUGGCCCUGUGAAGAAGGGUGGAAAGAAGGGGAAGAACGCUCCCGCAGCGGCCGCACCUGUGGAAAAGACCGAGGAACUAGGAGAGGAUGAGGUCCGGGGUGCAGAUGGGGAGGUCAGGGUUAAGACAAAGAAGGAAAAGGAAAAGGAGAAGAAGGAGAGGGAAAAGCAGCGAAAGAAAGAACAGGCCGCGAGAAAGAAGCAGACUGAACCGACCAAGGCUGAGGAAAAGAAGGAAGAAGUAGCCGCAAAACCGAUGGCCCCGUCGGCUGCUGUGCCGGACCCUGCUGGUGGGAAAAAAAAGAAAAUUCCUGCUGCUUUGGCAGCAUUACAGAAACAGCAGGAGCUAAGGCGAAAACAGGAAGAAGAGGCUGCUAGGAUCGCGGAGGAGGAGAGGAAGCGAGAGGAAGAGGAGGAGCGAAUUCGCCAAGAGGAGGAGCGAGCGAAAGCUGAGGCUAAGGAGAAGAAGAAGGAGAAGGAGAAGGAGCGAAUCGAAAGAUUGAAGAAAGAGGGCAAAUACAUGACCAAGGCUGAAAAGGAGAGACAACGAAUGGCGCAAUUGAGGCUUCAGCAAAUGGUGGAGUCGGGCAUGAAAGUGGAAGGUCUUGAGGGUGGUCCUGCGGUAGAAAAGAAGAAACCGAAGUAUGAAAAGAAGCCUAGAAAGGGGGACGGCGGUAAGUCAAAGGCUGAGGGUGAUGAAGAAAAAAAGAAGGAAGAAGAGCGGCUAGUUAGCGAGAGGAAGGCAAAGGAAGAAGCAGAACGGAGGAAGGAGGCUGAAGAAGCUGCUGCUGCUGCUGCUAAGAAAGAAGAGGAGGAUGUGCCUGACAGCUGGGAAGAGGCAUUUGACCAGGAUGGCAACAUCAAGGAAUCUUGGGACAUGAGCUCUGAGGAGGAAGAGGUUGAGACUUCCAAGAAACCAGCCAAAGAGCCCAAAGCCGCUCCUCCAAAGGAUGGAAAGGGACCUUCAAAGAAGUCGCCUGACGCCGAUGAGGAAGAGGAUAGCGAUAGUAGUGAUGAAGUGCUCGUCGAUGCAUCAGUCGCAAAGCGUCUUGCGGAGCAGAGGAAACAGGAGCAACACGCACGUCGACAAAAACAGAUUGACGAAGCAAAGGCGGCUGCUUCAGUCGAAAAUCUACGCUCUCCUAUCUGCUGUAUUCUCGGUCAUGUUGACACUGGUAAAACCAAGCUUCUGGAUAAGAUUCGGCAAACCAAUGUCCAAGAAGGUGAAGCCGGUGGUAUUACUCAACAGAUUGGUGCUACUUACUUCCCAAUGGACGCUAUUAAGCAGAAGACCGCUGUGGUGAACAAGGAUGGUAAAAUGGAAUUCAAAGUGCCUGGUCUUUUGGUCAUUGAUACACCAGGGCACGAAUCUUUCACUAAUCUUCGGUCAAGAGGCUCUUCGUUGUGCAACAUUGCAAUUCUGGUUGUUGAUAUCAUGCACGGGCUGGAGCCUCAGACUAUCGAGUCCCUCAACCUCCUCCGAGACCGAAAAACGCCCUUCAUUGUGGCGUUGAACAAGAUCGAUCGUUUGUACGACUGGAAAGCCAUCCCUAAUAACGGGUUUCAGGACUCCCUGGCAAAACAGAAGAAAUCCGUUCAGAACGAGUUUAAGGAUCGUCUCGAGAAGACCAUCGUUGCUUUCCAGGAAAAUGGUCUCAAUGCAGCACUUUUUUACGAGAACAAGAACGUGGGCAAAUAUGUCUCCUUUGUGCCAACUUCUGCUCACACGGGAGAGGGCAUUCCGGAUAUGUUGAAGCUUCUUGUUACUCUAACACAGCAACGUAUGGCCGGGAAGUUGAUGUACCUUUCUGAACUUGAGUCCACCGUUUUAGAGGUCAAGGUUAUCGAAGGAUUAGGAACGACAAUCGACGUUAUCCUUUCCAACGGUGUACUGCGGGAGGGUGACCGGAUAGUAAUGUGUGGACUUAACGGACCUAUAUCAACAAAUAUUCGAGCCCUGCUCACCCCACAGCCAUUAAAGGAGCUGCGCAUCAAGUCACAAUAUGUCCACCACAAAGAAGUCAAGGCAGCUUUGGGUGUGAAGAUUGCAGCCAACGACCUAGAACAUGCUAUUGCCGGUUCUCGGCUACUUGUUGUCGGCCCUGACGACGACGAAGAAGAUCUAGAAAUGGAAGUUAUGAGCGAUCUUGAACAACUCUUCAGCAAGGUUUCGAAAUCGGGCGCAGGUGUCGCUGUACAGGCCUCCACCCUAGGAUCGCUAGAAGCCUUGCUUGCGUUCUUGAAGUCCAGCUCAAUCCCCGUCUCUACUAUAUCCAUUGGCCCCGUUUACAAACGUGACGUUAUGCGGGCUGGGACAAUGUUGGAGAAGCAUAAAGAGUAUGCGGUAAUGCUUUGCUUCGACGUUAAGGUCGACAAAGAAGCGCAAGCAUAUGCAGACGAAGUUGGAGUAAAGCUUUUCACAGCGGAGAUUAUUUAUCACUUGUUCGACGCCUUCACAGCAUACAAAAAGGAAAUGUCUGAGCAAAGGAAGCGCGAAUCUGCCGCGAACGCCGUCUUCCCAUGCAUCCUUAACCCUGUUGCCGUCUUCAACAAGAAAGACCCCAUCGUCGUUGGCGUCGAUGUCGUUGAGGGUAGUCUUCGUAUCGGAACGCCCAUCGCGGCAGUAAAGAAGAAUCCUAUAACCGGUGAAAUGGAAACAAUUUCUCUAGGCAGAGUUACAAGCAUCGAACUAAAUCACAAAGCCAUCCCCAUCUGCAAAAGAGGCCAACCAUCUGUAGCCGUCAAGAUUGAGGGACCCAACCAACCCCUGUACGGAAGACAAUUGGAAGAGAAGGACACUCUCUACUCACUGAUUUCCAGAGUCACCAUUGAUACGCUCAAAACUCACUUUAGAGAAGAAGUCCCGAAGGACGAUUGGCAACUUAUCAUCAACCUUAAAAGGAUUUUCAAUGUUGUAUAGGUACACAUUUGUGGGUUACUUUCCUAGAUUUUCGACCCUUUCUUCAUAUAUUUAUUUCUUUAGCGUUUCUAUUGAACUGAGGAGCUGGAAGAGGAGAGCGGCGGCGGUGGUUUUUCAUUCCCCAGUGUGCGGUAGUAACAAAAGUUGUGGCAAUUGCGUCCUUUUUUCUAUCCUCUACUCUUCUAUCUUUUCUCUAUUUCACUCUUUUUCACUCCUCUGUUCACGUUUAGUAUGAUAUACUUGAUUUUUUCCCCUUUGCUUUUCACACUCCCCUUUGCUGAAGGAUGUAAAUACUUGCCCAGUAGUUAGGGUUUGUUGAAAAUUGGAAGUUGGUAUCGCAUCAUA